CAUGUUUUGUGUUUCCUCCCUUCGCCUUGCUAAGCUGGUUCAGUUUCCCUGUCAACUGUCAAAACACCGGCUUCUCACUCAAAUGUGAAGCCAGUCACAGAGACUCAGUCACGUGUGAUCCUGCCGUGAUUUGACGUUGACGCAUCAUUUCCUCUCUUCAUACCUGCGGUUGGUUGGGUUUCCUCAGCUGCCUGGCCUGCAGUCGACAUAAAAGCCUGCGCUGCUGCCUCUGCCUCUGGGACAACGGCUGUUGAUUACAAGAGUGGGUGAGAUGACUCGAGUUUGUGGCCUCCACUGUGUCCAUCCAGUGAUCCAGUGAUGUCUCGUCCUGCGCCGUCCCCCAUCUACACCCUAAGGGGGGCUGGUGGGCCCCUCAACACUCUCCACUUUAGCUGCUGUGGAGGGGACAACCCCCUCCUAUUCUCUGGGUCUGGGAAGGGUGCCAUCCACAUCUGGAACCUGAACACCAGGAGGGCUGAGAAGGUUUUAGAAGGCCACUCUGGGAACUCGGUCAUCUGGGUCAGCACCCUGCCAUCGACCCGUGCCCUAAUCAGUCAAGGGCGGGACAUGCAGGUCUGUCUGUGGGAUCUGUGUGAAGGUCGAGGCGAGGUUACAGACUCUGUAUGGGGUGGCAGUGUCGGAUUCUGUCAGUGCUCCCUGCUGGAGACGAGCCCUGGGACCUGGCUGCUGGCCCACCCAGGACAACAGACAGAGGAGAUCAAGAUCAUUGAACUGCCCAGUAAGGCUCCAGUCUGCACCCUGAUACCAGACGCUAAGCUGGGGAUGGUUAUGUGCAUCAAACUGUGGCAGACAGACUCGGGUCUUGGACCUCUGCUGUUGGCUGGCUAUGAGGAUGGCUCCCUGCUGCUAUGGGAUGUGUCACACAGAUCUGUGCUGAGCCAGGCCACCGCCCACCUUGAACCUGUCAUGUGCUUGACCUUUGAUCCCAAGCAUCUGAGGGGCAUCUCAGGCUCCUCAGAGAAGAAUCUCUCCCCUUGGAUGCUAGACGAACAGAACAACCUGCAGCUCAGGGACCCUGUUGCACUGGUCAACCCUGGGGUUUCCCAGCUGUGUAUCCGGGGGGAUCGUAAACUCCUGGCAUCCGCGGGUUGGGACCACAGGGUGCGGGUGUUUGGCUGGAAAAAGCUGCGACCACUGGCAGUACUCCAGCACCACAGUGACAUGGUGCUCAGCGUGGCCUUCUCUGACCAUCAGGACCCAAGACACACUCUGCUGGCCGCAGGAUCCAAGGACCAGCGCAUCAGCCUCUGGUCAAUAUACAAUGAAGGAGCUGACACCAGUUGAGCUUUUAAGCUCUGGAUGGAUAUUUGGACUUUUUAAUUGAUAUUUUGUUCAGUUCUUACCUUCAUCUGGACUGAUGUUGGUAUGGCGCAAGGUGGUGUGCUUCCAGUCCGUAGACCAUUGGAUUAUUCUCUGGAUAAUUGUAUUUGGUUCAGGAACAUUUUCUCUCUUUAAAUAGUGAGUAUUGCAUAGAUAUGCAAGAGCAGUGUAUUGUCCUAUUCAGUUGACCAUAAACUCCUGAAGUAGGAUUUCAGCUCAGUUUGGAAAGGCUACAUUCCAGAUCAAAAUCUUAUCCACAAUGGACAAAAAAAUCUGAUCAUAUUUUGACUUGUGUAUCCAGAACUUUAUGCACAUACCUGAGAACUUGAGAGGCUUUCAUACCAUUCCUGUUGCUGUUGGUCCAGUCCAAAUAUCUCAGCUCUCUCAAAUUAUUAAUUAGACAAGAGCCAACUUUUGCCUCCUUCUGUUCACCAAAGUCUGAUGCUCCUUGCAGCUGUAUUUUUGUAUUGGCUUAUCUGAUAGGAGAUGUGCUCCAGUGGACUUGAAUUUGAGGUACAAGUUGCACCUGAGCGGCUGUGUAAUCCAGUGUUGUUAUUCUAGCAGGCCUUAGUUUAACAUGAGCCCUCUAUUCUGACCUGAGCUGUAUUUGUCAAACAGUGUUAAUCACAGCAGAAGCAAAGAGAACACAGAGCUGUUGGUUUAGCAAAGCUGCUGACCAACAAUGGCUAUUGACAGCCAACAUUGCCUGUUUAUGAACUGUUGCCAGGUUUUUCCUUAACAAAUGUUGCCUUUUUGCAAUGGCAAAAAAUACCAUAUAUAUAAUAAAGUCAAGGUGUUGAUAGUAAUAAUUCGAGGAAAAUAAUAUAUUUAUUUACAUUCUUUGCUAAAAGGAAAAUUCAGCAUUUGAAUAUUGAAACUGGUAUUGUAACUGUCUUGUUGCAAUUACUAAUGCUACUUAAAUGCUAGAUUUACUUCACUCUUAACGCCAAAUACAGAUGUCUUUUUUGGAAAAUUACAUUUGUCAUGAAUAAGGUCAAUGGUCUUGUUGUGAAAGUCCCAGAGAAAAUAGAGAGGUGUUGUUUUUCUAUCCACUGUCUCUAAUAAUAUCUCUGUGAGUCAAUGAGCAGCAUGGGAGCUCAUGUGUUACAACGCCAUGCCGAGAGGCCCAGGCCAGGACUUCAAACGGUAUGCAGACGUUCUGCAUCAUAAAGGAUCUGCCUCCUGGGAUGACCCCAAGUUGAGAAGCUCGUCGUGCUUUACAGGAAAGGCCUGAGAAAUCAAAGAGCCAGGCUAGCAUAACAGUCGUGAACCGCCAUUGUAGGGAGGAAAGACGAGGCCGUUCGUCAGACAAACUGCAAUAUCGCUGCUGUCUUGGUCAAAAACGGGAUGGCAGGUUCGGUGGGUUUUGUUUCUCCUAUCCAAAGUUUCGUAUUAUGAUCUCUGUGUUUGAAAUCUGGUAAAACUACAAUUUAUAAUAAAUAUUUUUUUCCUUAUUGCA